AUGUCUCCUGCGGUUUGGUUCCUCGCCCGCCGCCUGGAGUUUUGCAUCCCGCCUGGCCGAUGCCAGAAGGUGACGUUGCUUUUGGGGGAAUGGGCCUCGGCUUUGCCUUUGGUGUCUUUCCUUUCAGACUUGCAUCGGCGACUCCUUCCAACCCGAGUGGCACUUUGCGCCACUGUUGCACGCUCAACCUGCCAGCGUGUGUUGCCUGCCCUGAUAACAAUCUGCCGCAGCAGAGAUUGCGUGGGAGCCGAUUCCAGGCCAGGGAGGCUAAUUCUGAUGCGGGAGCCGCCUUGGCACCUUCGGGAACGUGGGAGACACCCACGGGUUCUUCCUCGUGCGGAAGCGCCUUCUUCCUUGGAGGCUUUUAAACAGAGGCUGGGUGGCCGUCUGUCGGCGGUGGCGCAUGUGUUGGGGCUUGCAGCAGAAGUGCUGAGCCUGCACGGCCGGGGCUUUCGGCCUCCGAGGGAGGGAGAGAGUGCUGGAGAGGAAGCCCCAGGAGAGGGAGGGGGAGGAGACCCCUUGUGCCCCCCUCGCAUCCUGCCCCACGGGUGCAAAAGCAAGGGAGGGCAGUGGGGCACACGCUACCCUUGCCUCCACGGCUGGCUCCCUUCCUCUCGUGUGUGCAGAGCCGACUCUAGGCCAAGGCCGGGAGCGGCGGGGAGAAGGUGGGUUUCGUUCUGUUGCUUCCCAAGAGUGUCGCGUACAGCAACCGGCGUCAUAACCAUUUUGCAAAACGAGGAGGAGGAGUGGCCGGGCCCGGCUCUCUCUGGCAGGGGAGGAUUGUGCCGCGUAAGCUGUCUGCUGCUGGAGCCGGUGCCGGCCUCGGUUGGGUCCCUAGCCUCACGCUGCCCCGCUUUCCCUCCUUCCCGGCAGGACCUGCGCUCGCUGGACGGCUGCAUCCAGAGCACGCUCUCGGCGCUCUUCCCGCCCUUUGAGUCCACAGCGGCCACGCUCCUGGGACAGGUCUUCGACGGGGUGGAGGCCGCCUUCCGUGGAGACGGGCUGCGCUACCUCACCGGCUUCCUCAUCCCGGCCAAGCACAUCCUCCAGUGCGUCCAGCAAGAGGCCUGCGCCCCGUUCUGCGGCCGGCUCUUCCGCCACGAGGGCUGGCCGCUCUGCCUGGGGGAGAAGGUGGUCGUCCAGCUGGGUGUACUUGACCGGCGGGCGCUGAAGCCUGGGGACUUCUACCUGCAGGUGGUCCCUUCCUCAACGUCCCCCCCGCGGAUUGUGGUCAAGUGCCUCUCGCCCGACGGGUGCCACCUGGAGCAGCUGGUGGUCCCAGAGGAGUGCUACACGUCCAUCUUCACCCCAGGAUGGCUGGAGGGCCUCAACCGGGAGCGGAGGGGACCGGCGUUGGGCAGCUGCCUCCUGGCCACUGAGGGCGGGGCCAUCCGCCUGCCCUGGGAGCACAUUGUGCGGCCAGAGUUCGUCCCCAGCGAGGCCCCCGCCAUGGCCGAGAGGCCUCCUUCGCCUGAUUUUUCAGAAGAGUGGUCUCGGAAUGGAUCCCGGGACUUCCGUGGGGCAGGGACGCCCGAAGAGGUGGAGGUCCUGCCCACAUCGGUGGGGCCUUUGAGGAGAGCAGCUCCAGGCAAGGAGAAGGACCUGGGAGGGGAAUACGCCGCAUUGACCGAGGUCUCCCGGGUGCCGGAGGUAUCCGGGGCCCAGCCAGCCCCUCCCACUUGCCGCUGUGCUGAAACCGGGGCCCGGGAUUGGCCCCUGUCUUGUCCAGACGGCAGCACUUCCUUGAGCAACGGAGUCGGCGUGGACCUGCCGCCAACAGCAAGUGGGCAGCUGAGGAUCUCCGAGGCGCAGACUGGCGAUGCCGGGAUCUCUUGGGUGAAUGAAGGUGGAACGGGAAGCGACAUGUUGCCCCUGAGGGAGCCCCCCACCCCUCUGCCCUCCACGGAGGGGGAGACCCUUCCCUCGGGGCACGAACUCGACUGGCGGUUUGCCAUGUGCCGCUUCCAGGAGGCAGAAGAGUCCGAGGGUACGCUGCCCGCGACCGAGAUCCCCCCUCGAAGUGAGGGAAGGGCCACCGAGGUGCUGGACAAUGGCUGGUCUCCGGGAGCAGGCCGUGUCGGAGUGUGGGAUGCUGAGGAUCAGCAGGGAGGGAGGGGGGCCAGGGGGGGUGGGGGCCCUCGGAGUGAUGGGGUCCUGGUAGAGGAGCCUUGUGGGGGGGCUCAUGAAGACCAUCAAAUUGUUGACCUCUGCUGCCAGGAGGAGGAGGACAACGAUGACAAUUCUGGUUACGCCAACUCAAGCCCCUCGUCCACAAUGAAGUCGUUCCUACCAGAAGGCGACCCGGAUGGGACGCUGGAGCCUGGUCUCCUUGCUGAAGAGCCUCCACCUGCGGUGACCUGCCAGUUGGCUCCUCAUCUGGAACGGAUGGAGGAGAAGGAGAUAAAGAGGGAAGCUGACCGGUUGGAGGGGCCACGCUGUGGGGCCGGAGAGGGGGCUGAGCAAGGCCUGCGAGAGCAGCACAGCCCUAGAGACCCUCCUCCGACUCUGUGGUCCAGCACGAAGGAGCAGGAUCAGGCGGAGGAGGAUGGCCAAAUGCCCCAUGACCGCAGCGCCCUUCUGUUUAGCCCCUCUGUACCAACGCAACCAGAGAGCAGCUGCCCCACUUUGACAGGCACAGAACCGCUGGGCUUCUCAGGCCUCCUCAGUGCGGAAGGGGCCCCGGCACACCCCCUGGACCGGUCCAGCCUCUCCAACGAGACAGAGGCCUUCCUGCUGGACACUUUGCAGGGCCAGAGAGAGGCCUUCCCUACAGCUGUUUCCCCCAAAAAGGAGCUGGGCUUGAGGCCCCUUCUGGGGUCCAGCCCCCUCCCGGCCCCCUUGGCAGUGGAGGAGCCCCCAGGAGUUGCCCAGGAGGACCAGGCCACAGCAGCAGUAUCAGCCUCCUUCCCGUCGGCAGGGGAAACCAACGGGCAAAGCCGGCACGUCGUCGUCACCGGCUCCCCAAAAACGCCGCCCUCUUCCCCCCUGGAGACCCCGGGACCGCCUUGCUUUCCUUCUGGGGGGGAAGCCCUCCUGCACGCGCCCCCAACGUGGAGGGACGUGGAUUGGGAGAUGCUCCGGAGCGGAGUGGCCUACCUGCCAGGCGGCAGGGACCGCUGUGGGCGGGCAGUGGUCAUCCUCCAGACCAGGAGCGCCCUGUGGCCGGACCCUUCCUCCAGACAGGCCAGCGCACUGGUGCGCCUCCUCCUCUACCUGCGCAGCACACUCAGGCCUGAGCUCCAGGCUCUGGGCCUCACGGUCCUGGUCGAUGCCCGCCAAUGCCCUCCGGCCCCGGCCCUCUUCACCACUCUGGCCACCCUGCAGGCGUCCGUCCCUGGCUGCGUCCGUGGGGUGCUCUGCCUGGCCGAGAAAGAGGCCGCCUUCCGGGUGGAGAGGCCACACACCUUGCAGUGCGAGCUGCUGACCUCCCUGAAGGCCCUGCACAGGCACAUCGAGGCCGCGCAGCUUCCCCCGGAGCUGGACGGGACCCUCCCUUACUGCCACCAGGACUGGCUGCGCUUCCGCAUGCGCCUGGAGCAGCUGCUGCAGGGAUGCCAAGGGGCCCGUGCCUUCCUGGAGGGGGCCGUCCGAGCCGUGGGGUCCGGUGGGUGGCCGGAGACGGCCGAGGAGGCAGAGGCGCUUCUGCAGAGGGACCGGCAGCUGAUGCGGACGGUGCUGGAGGACGCCCGCCUGGUCCGGCUGCAGCAAGAGGGGGGGGCCCUGCUGGCCCGGCUCCGGAAGGAGGACUCCCCCGUGGCACUCGUCCCGGACUUCCCGUUGGUGCUGGAUGCGGCCACUGCCCUGUACAACCAGGUGGACGAGGGCAUCCAUCAGCUGGUGCUGGCCUCCAACCAGCGCAUCCGGGUCCUGGAGCUGGUCAGGGACCUGCCGGCCUUUGAGGAGGCCUUUCGGGAGGUCAGCGGCUGGAUCGAGAACGUGGGCCGGACGCGGCUGGUGGAGCUGGGAGAGCUGGGCGCUUCCUCGGAGGCCCUCCUCCGGGCGCAGAGGCAGUUCCAGGACUUUGAGCUGGUGGCCGGUGAAUACAUCCGGAAGGGCUGGGAAGCCCUGCGGAAGACGGGAUGGGAGGAGUUCUCUUCCUCUUCCUCCCCCUCCUCGUCCGGGGAGCUUCCCGCGGGAACCGUGGCCCAUCUCCAGGGUGCCAACCAACUGCUGCGGAGCUUCUGCCACCAACUGGAGGGCGGCAGGAACCGGCUGGAGGAGGCCACACAUCUCUAUGCGUUCCUGGACCAGGCGCAGUCCUGGGCUGCGGAGGGGACGAGGCUGCUGUCCGGCCUGGGCCCGGAGGAGGGCUCCACCCACACCGAAAGCAAACCCAAGGCGGCCUUGGCCUGGCUGGAGAGCGCCCGCGGGUUCAGCGAGGCGCAGUUCCAGGAGACGAAGGAGGCGGCGCUGCGGCUGAAGAGCGGGGCGGCGCUGCAGCGGUGGCACCGAGCGUGGGCCCAGUGCCAGGAGGCCAGGCAGGGCCUGGGGAGGAAGGUGGAGGUUGCGCUCAGUGCCACCGCCAAGCCUUUGCGGCCACAUUGGGCCCCGCCACAGGAGUCAGCUGCCGGGGGCCCCUCCCAGGCCUCUCCCAGCCCCGAUGGUGUUGCCCUUGAGGUGGAAGUGGCCCCCGCGCACACCCGGCGCAUCCUGCGCAAGGCCCAAAGCUUUGAGCUUGGCGGUUCAUUAGAGGGCCUGCGCCCCGGCUGCCAGCGCACCUUGAGCGAGCCAGCUCCCUUCGGGCACCACCACCACCACCACCACCACCACCGCGGGGUCUUCAUCCGGGGCCUGGAGGUCAGCAGCACGGAGCUGGCCGGGAGGGCCGGAGGGGCCCCACAGGCUCUCGCACCUCCCGCUUGGGGACCAUCCUGCGCACAGGAGCAACACAGGAGCAGCGGCCCCAACUUGUUGGUGGAGGAGGAGGAGGAGGAGGAAGAGGCCAAGGGCUGGAGCCGGCUGAAGAACAUUGUGGAGGAGAUGGUGAGGACGGAGCAGGAGUACGUGCGCUCCUUGCGCUACAUCAUGGAGAGCUACUUCCCGGAGAUGGAGCGCGGGGACCUUCCCCAGGAGCUGCGGGGCAAGCGCAGCGUGGUGUUCGGCAACCUGGAGAAGCUCCACGGCUUCCACAGCCAGUACUUCCUGCGCGAGCUGGAGAGCUGCUGCGCCCACCCGCUGCGCGUCAGCCACUGCUUCCUCAGACACAAAGACCAGUUUGGGAUGUACGCGCUCUACAGCAAGAACAAGCCCAAGUCGGAUGCCCUCCUGGCCGGCCGAGGGAACGCCUUCUUCAAGUCCAAGCAGGUGCAGCUGGGGGACAAGAUGGACCUGGCCUCCUACCUGCUGAAGCCCAUCCAGCGCAUGAGCAAGUAUGCGCUGCUGCUCAAGGACCUGCUCCAGCAGUGCGCCGAGGGCCAGGAGCAGGAGCGGGCCGAUCUGCGGGCCGCCCAGGAAAUGGUGCGCUUCCAGCUGCGGCAUGGCAACGACCUCCUGGCCAUGGACGCCAUCCGCGAGUGUGACGUGAACCUGAAGGAGCAGGGCCAGCUGGUGCGCCAGGAUGAGUUCAGCAUCUGCCUGGGUCGCAGGAAGUGCCAGCGCCACGUCUUCCUCUUUGAGGACCUGAUCCUCUUCAGCAAGCCCAAGCGCAUGGAGGGCAGCUUGGACAUCUACGUCUAUAAGCGCUCCUUCAAGACGGCGGAUAUCGGCCUGACGGAGAACUCGGGCGAGAGCGGCCUGCGCUUUGAGAUCUGGUUCCGGAGGCGGAAGUCCAGCGACACCUUCGUCCUGCAGGCCGGCAGCCCGGAGAUCAAGCAGGCCUGGACCAGGGACAUUACACGGAUCCUGUGGGAGCAGGCCGCCCGCAACAAAGAAAUCCGGAUGCAGGAAAUGGUCUCCAUGGGGGUGGGCAACAAGCCCUUCCUGGACAUCCAGCCCAGCGAAGCCGCCAUCCAGGACCGCGCCAUCGACUACAUCAUGAAGGGCCGAGGAGCCAGGACCCGCGCCUCCAUCGCCGUCUCGGUCUUUGACCACAGCGCGCCCUAUAAGAGGCCCCAGGCCCCGCACCCUUUGGGCGGCCCCGCCUUGUCCCCCUCCUCAUCCUCUUCCUCCUCGGUGCUGGGGCCCCUCAACCUGCACAUGUACCUGGACCGGGCCCAGCUGCCCCACCUCUUGGCCCACAGCCGCCCCUUCGACGCCAGGGCCCCCUGUUUGGAGGAGGACGAGGCCGAGGCCGAGACCAGCAGCCAGCCUUCCAUGACGACAGAGAGCUCCGGCUCCUCCUCGCUGGGCCCUCCGUCCGCCAGUGGCUCCAGCGGCUCCGACAGCGGCUGCUGCGCUUCCGCCCCCUCCCAGGAGAGUGGCCUCGAGGGCCCCACCACCGGACCCCGCUUCCCCCAGCAACCACCUCCGGGCCAGCCCCCCCGCCUCAAGAGCCAGUAUGUCUCUGCGGUCUGAAGGAUAGCGGCCUCUCAGAGGCUCCGGAGGAGCGGUCGUCCAGCUGCCCACUUGACCCCGUUGACCAUUGGGUACCUGAUGUGUGCAGUGGGGGGUGUCUCCCAG